CGGAUGUGCCCGGCGCCGGAAGAGAAGCGGGUCUCUUCGCGGCCGGCCAUCUUGUGCGGCAGCUAGCAGGGCGCGGGGGGCCCGGCAGCAUCGGAGCAGGAUCCCGCCGACGGGGGCCCAUCAUGCCCGGACACCUGCAGGAGGGCUUCGGCUGCGUCGUCACCAACCGCUUCGACCAGCUCUUUGAUGACGAGUCCGACCCCUUCGAGGUGCUGCGGGCGGCCGAGACCCGGAGGAAAGAGAGCGGCGGCGGCGGCGGGAGCCAGGGGGGCGGCGGGGCCCGCGGCGGCCCGGCGGGCGCCCAGACCAACUCCUCCGGCGGGGCCGGCGGCGGCGGCCCGGGCCAGGCGGGCGCUGGCGGCAGCGUCGGCAGCGCGGCCAAGCAGCUGCGCAGAGAGUCGCAGAAGGAGCGCAAGAACCCGCUGCCGCCCUUCGCCGCCUCGGCUGGGGCCGUGGGUGACCGGCGGGAGGAGGGCAGCGGCCAGCCCGGCGCUCCGCUGCGGAAGGAGGGGAUAAGACGUAUUGGCAGGAGGCCUGAUCAGCAGCAGCAGCAGCAACAGCAGGGCGAAGGCAAACCCAUCGACAGGAGACCGGAGAGACGACCUCCCCGCGAGCGCCGCUUUGACAAACCUGCCGAGGAGAAAGGCGAAGGAGGAGAAUUUUCUGUUGAUAAACCCAUUAUUGACCGACCGAUGCGUGGCCGUGGAGGGCUUGGAAGAGGCCGUGGCCGUGGCCGUGGAAUGGGCAGAGGAGACGGGUUUGACUCUCGCGGCAAACGUGAAUUUGACAGACAUAGUGGCAGCGAUAGAUCUUCUGUUUCACAUUCACAUUUCAGUGGCCUAAAGCAUGAGGACAAGCGCGGUGGCAGCGGAUCGCACAACUGGGGAACCGUCAAAGACGAACUCACUGAAUUGGAUCAGUCAGCUGUAACUGAGGAAACGCCGGAGGGAGAGGAGCAUCCGCCUGCUGAUUCUGAAAAUAAGGAGAAUGAGGUUGAAGAAGUUAAGGAAGAAGGUCCUAAGGAAAUGACCCUGGACGAGUGGAAAGCUAUUCAAAGUAAGGAUCGUGCAAAAGUUGAGUUCAACAUCCGUAAACCAAAUGAGGGUGCUGAUGGGCAAUGGAAAAAAGGAUUUGUUCUUCACAAGUCAAAGAGCGAGGAGACAAAGGCGAUGACAGAAAUGCAGGGGAGUCUGCUGGAGUCAAAUGAGGCUCACGCUGAGGACUCUGUCAUGGAUCAUCACUUCCGCAAGCCCGCAAACGAUAUCACAUCCCAGCUGGAGAUCAACUUUGGAGACUUGGGCCGCCCUGGGCGCGGGGGCAGAGGGGGCCGGGGGGGCCGGGGCCGUGGUGGCAGGGCCAGCCGUGGGGGCAGGACUGACAAGUUGGUGAAGGAGUUUGAUGUGAUCCACACACCCAACCAGUCAAGUGCUUCUGCUCCUGACGUAGAUGACCCAGAGGCUUUCCCAGCUCUGUCCUAAACUGGAUGUCAUAAGCCAGCCCUGCCCUCGUCGGGCCCUCCUCUCCGAGGCUUGCAUGCUUAAGGAUCCUAAACAACUAAGAAAUUUAAAAAAAAAAAAAAAAAGACUGUCAUUCAUACCAUUCACACCUAAAGACUGAAUUUUAUCUGUUUUGAAAAUGAACUUCUCUCGCUACACAGAAGCAACAAUAUGGUAGUCAGUUUUGUAUUUAGAAAUGUAAUGGUAGCAGGGAUGUUUUCAUAAUUUUUUCAGAGAUUAUGCAUUCUUCAUGGAUACUUUUUUGUAUUGCUGCUUGAAAAUAUGCGUUUCCAAACUUGAAAUAUAGGUGUGAACAGUGUGUACCAGUUAAAAGCUUUCACUUCAUUUGUGUUUUUUUUUUUUUUUUUUUUAAUUCAGGAUUUUAGACAUUUUCCCCAAACUACAAACUGGGUUUUAAGUAUUGCACACUAUUUCUGUUUCCUUAAUUCCCGUUUAGAAGAUUUUUAUCAGCCCAUGGUAUUUUGGAAUAUAUGACAUUUUAAUUUGGCAGACUGUUAGUGCUGUAUGGAAUACUAACUCCUGGAGUACUUUAGUUUUAAUGCUUAAUUUCAGACUUGGAAAAACAGUCAUUUUUCAUCUGCUUGGUAGUUUGUUUACUCAAAAUCUUUAUACAAAAUUGGUACCAGAUACUUGAAAAAGAUUCAAAGCACAUUGGUUUCUAGUUAAGUACCUGUGUAUUGAUCCAGCAAUGAUGUGUGGAUAAUUGGUCUAAACAGUUUUUUAAAAAUUAAUGUAUUACACCUUUCACUCACCUCUUAACCUUUAUUCCCCCCUCCUCCCUUCAACAGAACAAGAUGCUUUGUUGGCAAAAAAAAAAAAGAGAGAGUUUUUAAA